AUGUCACUGGUUCUGCUGGGUGGGUUUGUAAAUGUUCUGAAACAGAAGACAGACCCUGCAGAGGCUAUUAAUGUUGCUGGAGUCAGCACUGAGGCUUCAUCCACCAGGUGUACUCUGCUGGGUACGCCUUGUGCACCUGCGUUCUCAAAAGAUGGGGACUUUAUCAUCGGAGGGGUUUCCUCUAUUCAUUACCAGCUUUACACAAUGAUUUAUAAUUACACCACCAAGCCUGAGCCUCCGAGAUGCACAGGGAGCUUCAAUGCCCGGGGGCUGCGCUUCUUCCGCACAAUGAUCUUUGCCAUUGAGGAGAUAAACAACAGCACAGAGCUGCUGCCGGGAAUCAAACUUGGAUAUCAGAUCUAUGAUUCCUGCGUCUCGGUGCCUGUUUCAGUGCACAUUGCUUUUCAAAUGGCAAACGGUCAAGACCCUGUUAUUUACAAAGGAGAUAAUUGUUCUCAGUCUGGAGAGUUGGUGGCUGCUGUAGGAGACUCUGGAUCCACUCCAUCCAUCAGCAUGUCACGCAUCAUGGGGCCCUUCAACAUUCCUCUCGUGAGCCACUUUGCCACUUGUGCCUGCCUGUCGGACAAACAACAGUUUCCUACUUUUUUCAGAACGAUUCCCAGUGACCAUUAUCAAGCUGAUGCACUGGCCAAACUGGUGAAACACUUUGGUUGGACGUGGAUAGGAGCCGUCCAUUCGGACUCAGAUUUUGGAAAUAAUGGCAUGGCCUCUUUUCUAGAAGCUGCACUCAGAGAGGGGAUCUGUGUGGAGUACACUGAAUCUUUUUAUAGAGGCAACCCACAAAGUAAGAUCCAAAGAGUUGCAGAUGUUAUCCGUAGUUCAACAGCAGUGGUUGUUGUAGCGUUUACAGCUAUUGGAGAAAUGAAAGUCUUGCUGGAGGAACUGGCCCGGGAUCCUCCACCUCGUCAGUGGAUCGCAAGUGAAGCCUGGAUAACUGACUCAAACCUGAUGAGAUUCAGUUUCUGUGCGGGAGCCAUAGGUGUUGCUAUUCAGAAAUCUGUCAUCCCAGGUCUGAGAGAUUUCCUCCUGGAUCUCUCUCCCUCUAAGGUGGCUGCUUCCUCAAUGCUGACUGAGUUCUGGGAGGAUGCAUUCAACUGCAGCUUGACAGAAACUACUGAUCCAAACAAGAGAGUGUGUGGUGGAACAGAAGAUCUAAAAACCCUAAAAAGCCCGUACACUGAAACGUCUCAGUUAAGAGUUUCUAACAUGAUGUACAAGGCUGUUUAUGCAAUAGGGCAUGCUAUUCACAAUGCAGUGUGUGAAGAAAAAAAUGCAACUGUUCAAUGUAACAAACACAUUGGACUGGAGCCCAAACAGGUUUUUACUGAAUUACAAAAAGUAAACUUCUCUAAGAAUGGUUAUCAUGUCUCAUUUGAUGCUAAUGGGGAUCCUGUGGCUUUUUAUGAGCUGGUAAACUGGCAGAAAAGUGAGAGUGGAGUUAUUGAACUGGUAACAGUGGGAUAUUAUGAUGCAUCAUUACCAAAAGGCCAGGAGUUUCGUAUCAACAGGAACAUAACCUGGGUGGACGGUGGGACACAAGUUCCAGUGUCAGUUUGCUCAGAGAGUUGUCCUCCAGGAACUCGUAAAGUGUUGCAGAAAGGAAAACCAAUCUGCUGCUAUGACUGUAUACCAUGUCCUGAAGGAGAGAUCAGUAAUAUGACAGAUAAUCCUGACUGUUUCCCAUGUCCGAGAGAGUUCUGGCCAAAUUCAAACAGAGAUGCUUGUUUCCACAAACCUGUGGAGUUUCUUUCCUUCGAUGAAGUCCUGUCAAUCAUCCUGGCUACACUCUCCAUCAGUGGAGCCUGUCUGGCCAUCAUUACAGCAAUAAUUUUCUUCCAUCACAGAACAACUCCAAUUGUCAGAGCCAACAACUCUGAGCUGAGCUUCCUGCUGCUCUUCUCUCUGACUCUGUGUUUCUUAUGUUCACUAACUUUCAUUGGAGCCCCCUCUGAGUGGUCCUGCAUGCUGCGGCACACAGCGUUUGGCAUCACAUUUGUUCUCUGUAUCUCCUGUGUUCUUGGGAAAACUAUAGUGGUUCUAAUGGCCUUUAAAGCUACACUUCCUGGUAGUAAUGCAAUGAAAUGGUUUGGUCCAACACAGCAGAGAAUGACUGUAGUGGUUCUCACAUUUAUUCAGGUUAUAAUAUGUAUCAUUUGGUUGGUUGUGAGUCCUCCCUUCCCAGUGAAAAAUCUGACCACCUACAAGGAGAAGAUCAUCCUGGAAUGUGCGUUAGGCUCUGCUGUUGGUUUCUGGGCUGUGCUCGGCUACAUCGGCCUGCUGGCUGUGUUUUGCUUUGUGUUAGCUGUUCUAGCUCGGAAACUACCUGAUAAUUUCAACGAAGCCAAGAUGAUAACCUUCAGCAUGUUGAUAUUCUGUGCAGUCUGGAUCACCUUCAUCCCAGCUUAUGUCAGCUCUCCUGGAAAAUUGACUGUGGCUGUGGAGAUAUUUGCUAUUCUGGCCUCCAGUUUUGGACUCAUACUGUGUAUAUUUGCUCCAAAGUGUUUCAUUAUUUUGUUUCAGCCAGAAAAAAACACCAAAAAAUAUUUAAUGAACAAACACUAA